AUGAUGAGCAUCAGCGUGUUCGACAAGGACUUUACGUUGUUGUACGGCAAUCCUAACUUGGAUGUUCAGGGCCUCAUAAAAGCUAAGUCCACCGAUAUUGCGUGCUUGGAAAAGCACGGUUACAUCAUAAUCGGUCAUUCUAAGGAGCUAGAGGUGCCCGUUAUGCUGAGCGUUCUGGACAGAAUAUGUGUUGAGUACCUCAGUGAUUACUUCAGGUUCUUCACGUACAUGGACAACAAGUUUUUCAAUGGAUACGUGCUAGACGAGGAAUGCAGGCCAAGAAAAGAUAAGUACCAGGUCUUUAAGAAAGAACGUGUGAAAUUCGAUGUGGAGGAAACAAUACGAGCAAUUCUGCAGGACAACGGCACAGUGCUGAGCGUGUAUGCGCAGGGAAAGGUAACAUGCUAUCCACAGUUCGAUACAAGCACACAGCUAUACAUCCAAUACUCAAUCCCCAAGACCGAGAUAGAAAUGAGGCACAGCGUAAAGAAAUUCUCAGUGAGCAACAAACCCAGGGUGAUAAGCUCGUACACAUUCAAUCCCGUCCAAAUGCCGCUCACGCUCAUAAAACAUGACAGGAACCACUACGUGCUUAGGAGCUGUCUGAGUGACAAAUCGUGCAUAACGGUAAAAUUUCCGAUCAGCAAGAAGGCGUACAAUACGGUGGCAGAUUCGGAUAUAGGCCAUGUUAAAAUCAUGGAUGAGCACAUCGAGUGGAUCAUCAAGGACGAAACGUUCAAGGAAGCGGAGAUCAAAUACGAUUUUGAUGUGUUGAUGAGCGGGUGCGAGAGACUUGGGCCGGUUCAGAUGAACUUUACGUCCAAGUUCUUUUCGCUGUCAGAGCUGGUGAUAAAGGAUGUGCGAGACAGUGACAACGUGAAGAAAGAAGCAUGGGUCAGUUAUAUCGUUGAAGCACAGGACUAUGAAAUACGUGGGCAAUAAAAAGCUGG